AUGGAUACAAUCAAACUCCAACUUUACACGAAAGCUGAUUGCCCUCUUUGCGAUGAAGCGAAGGAAUCACUUGAACCGCUCGCAGCGCAGCUUCCAAUCCAGAUUGAAGAAAUUGACAUCACGGCAAACUUGGGGCUAUUCACAAAAUAUAAAGAGCUGAUUCCUGUGCUUGAGUUGGAAGGGAAACGGUUGUUUGUGCAUCGGAUCCAUGUGAAAGGCCUCAAGCGAAAAUUGAUGUGGCGGCGGUGGCGGCGGUGGUUCAUUGACAAGGGAAGGAGGUCUACUUAUAUGGCAGAUGUAGGAAGUGCUGCGCCUGAUUUUACACUCACAGGUACUCUCGGUUCCGAAGAUACAGAGAUUCCCGAUUUUAAUGAAAAUGUCGAUGAGAUUCGCGCGAAAAAUGCUGAAAUCAUUGCGAUAAAUCGUGAUUCAGCGUUUGCACAUAAAGCGUGGAGUGAGCAUUUGGGCGGCGUUAAGUUCCCGCUCUUGGCGGACAUGAAUCUUGCCGUGUCAAAGCAGUUUGGGAUGGCGCUUGAAGAGGUCGGCAUCACGAACCGCGGCGUUAUCAUUAUUGAUGCGGAAGGCAAUAUCGCUUUCAAGCAUGUUGAAGAUGCGCCACCGGACAACACCCUUGCCGUGAAUCAG